UUUCUAACCCUUUUUAAAGUCACGAGACCAUAUUGUCCCUUCAAUUAGAGAGAGAGAGAGAGAGAGAGAGAGAGAGAGAUAAGUCCAGAAGGGUUGGCAGAUUAACUGAUAGAGAACUUUCAAAGGCUCUUUUUCUCUAUCUUCACUCAACUAGCCUCUAUAUUGCAGUCUCAAACUGAAGUCUUAUAAUUUUCUAAAGCUUUAGUUAUUAUCUUCCUAUCUGAAAGAUUGUUUACCUCAUAUUUUUUUUUUUUCUUUCUUUCUUAUACUGUCUUUCUCUGUCGGUACCAUGAGACCUGAAAGGAACCCAUUAGACCUCAACAAUUUGCCUGAUGAUUAUACCAGCAGAGAUGGUAAACAAGUCUUUGACGACAGCUCUUCCUCUGGCUAUAGGAAAAAGAAAAGCGGCGCUAAGGAUGGGAAAGAUGAGUGCGGUAAGGUCUAUGAGUGUAGGUUUUGUUCCCUCAAGUUCUGCAAAUCUCAAGCUCUUGGAGGCCACAUGAACCGACACAGACAAGAAAGAGAGACAGAAACUCUGAACCGAGCUCGCCAGCUGGUCUUCAAUAGCGAUAACCUAGCUGCCCAAGGUGGUCACUUAGGUUGCCUCUCAAUGGCGGCAGGAAGCUACCAUCCAUCGAGCAACAUUGGCGAUCCGUACAGAUCAGUUUAUCCAACAGGAAGACUAUUCUCUGGAUCUUCAUCAUCAGCACUUUUACCACCGCCGCCAGCACCACCACAACCACCACCAACUCAUCAACCGUAUUUAUACACAUCACCUUCACGUCUACCUCCUUAUCCUUCACAAUACCCUCAUCAUCAUCAUCAUCAACAACAACAACCCAUUAACGAUUACUACAUUGGUCAUGUACUUAACAACAGCUCACCAUCACAAACAUUUCCUCCACAUAACUAUAAUAAUAUGGGUAGUCAAGAUUCAAAUUACACUUGCAUUGGUGCGCCGGUGGGACAUGGCAGUGGGUUUGGUUUAGGUGGUGGUUCGAGCCGUGGAUCGGAUCAGGGAAGUGGUAGAGACGGGUCACUGAGCAGCUAUGCAGGAACGCAGCAGCAGAGAAUGGAUCCAACAACAUCGAUCAAUCGGUUUCAAGAUGGGUUUUAAUUAAAAGGAUUAAUGUUUUUUCUUUCCAUAUAUAUAAUAUUAGAAAAAAUAAAAUUAAUGGUGGGAUUGAUAGUGUUAUUAUGAAAGAAAGAAACAAGUAUAUUUUUAUCUGGUUUGACACGGCAAUCAGAGAGAAAGAGAGGGACAUAACAAAACUGACAAAUGGGGUCGUGCAAUGGGUUUUUAUUUGGGUUUAUGUACAGGGAUUGGGGCAGCUUUCUGAGCUCAUUAACACUCUCAUCUAGUUUGGCCUGGAGCAAUAGGGUGGGAUUUAAGGGGUCGGGGUUUGUGUUGGUGUAAUUGUACUAUCCAAACUGUGUUUCGAAUGGGACUAGAGCUUUUGGGUGGGACAAGGAGUUAGAUUUCAACUGAAAGUUCCUAACACAC